AUAAAAAAGCUUAUAUAAGCUCACAUGAUGUGAAGCUACCAAAUUAAUUAAGCUCUUCUCUCUAGCUACCAUGAUGGCAACGGUAGAAGAGAAAGGGCCUGCAGAUGGAAGAGAGGAUUACACACAAGAUGGGACUGUGGAUCUCAAAGGCAGACCCAUUUCAAGAUCAAACACUGGGGGAUGGAGAGCUUGUUCCUUCAUUGUUGGGUAUGAAGUGUUUGAGAGGAUGGCAUAUUAUGGGAUUGCAUCAAACCUGGUGCAAUAUUUAACAACGAAGCUCCAUGAAGGAACUGUAAAAUCUUCAAACAAUGUCACCAACUGGGUUGGAACUGUUUGGAUGACACCCAUUUUAGGUGCUUACAUAGCAGAUGCUCAUCUUGGCCGAUAUUGGACUUUUGUCAUUGCUUCAGCAAUUUAUCUCAUGGGAAUGACUCUCUUAACCCUCGCAGUCUCAGUACCAGCCUUAAGACCACCAUCUUGUAGUAAUGGGAUAAAAGAAGAGUACUGCAAUAAAAGGGCCUCAUCUUUGCAAGUGGGAAUUUUCUAUUGUGCCUUAUACAUAAUUGCUGUUGGGACUGGUGGAACCAAGCCCAACAUUUCAACCAUGGGUGCAGACCAGUUUGAUGACUUUGAACCCAAGGAAAGGACCCAGAAGCUCUCCUUCUUCAAUUGGUGGAUGUUCAGCAUUUUCUUUGGCACCCUCUUCUCCAACACCAUAGUUAUUUACAUACAAGACAAUGUAGGCUGGAGCCUUGGCUAUGGCCUUCCAACAGUUGCGCUCUUGUUUUCUGUUUUGGUGUUCUUGGUUGGCACUCCAUUGUAUAGGCACAAAGUGGCUGCAGAGAGUCCUCUCACUAGAAUAGGUCAGGUGCUUGUGGCUGCUAUAAGGAAGUGGAAGGUACCUGUCCCAAAUGACCCAAAAGAGCUUCAUGAGCUGAGCUUGGAAGAUUAUGCCAAAACCAGAAAAUUCAGAAUUGACCACACCCCUUCCCAAAGAUUGCUUGACAAAGCAGCUGUAAAGAACGGGCCAAGCACACCAUGGUUGCUAUGUGCAGUGACCCAAGUGGAAGAAACCAAGCAAAUGGUGAAAAUGAUCCCAGUUUUGAUUGCAACAUUCAUACCAAGCGCCAUAAUAGCUCAAGUAAGCACGCUUUUCAUCGAACAAGGCACCACCCUAGAUAGAAGCAUGGGUCCUCAUUUCAAAAUCCCUCCAGCAUGCCUCACAGCAUUUGUGACAAUCUUCAUGUUGAUAAGCAUUCCGCUCUACGACCGCUACUUCGUUCCGAUCGUGCGGCGCUACACAAAGAACCCUAGAGGGAUUACAUUGCUGCAGAGAUUAGGGGUUGGCCUUGUGUUGCACGUCAUUAUCAUGGUCAUAGCUUGCUUGGCUGAAAGAAAGAGACUCAGUGUUGCAAGAGAAAACCAUUUAUUUGGCAAAGAUGAUGUAAUUCCGCUUUCGAUUUUCAUUCUCCUCCCUCAGUUUGCAUUAAUGGGGGUUGCUGAUGCGUUUGUGGAAGUUGCAAAGCUAGAGUUUUUCUAUGAUCAAGCUCCAGAAGGCAUGAAAAGCCUGGGAACCUCAUAUUUCACUAGCAGCUUGGGAAUUGGGCACUUUCUCAGUGGUUUUCUUUUGACAACAGUUUCUGAUAUCACCAAGAGGCAUGGCCACAAGGGUUGGAUUUUGGAUAAUCUAAAUGUCUCCCAUUUGGACUACUAUUAUGCUUUCUUGGCCAUCUUGAGCUUUCUCAACUCCAUCUUCUUUCUGCUCGUUGCAAAGUUCUUUGUUUAUAAUGUUGAUGUGACAGAAUCCAAGAGAGACAUACCUAUGGAAACUUCACUGAGCAAAUCUUCAUCCGUAUAUAAUGAAACAAAGACAGGACUAAGCCGAUAAAAAGUUCUUUGUAUAUUGCCUUUUUUUUUUAGCACUGUUUUCCUUUUACAAUCAAAUA